AUGAUGACAGGUGAAACCAAUAUGACAGGUGAAUCGGGACCUGUCGAGGUUUCUCGAGCGGUUGCAAUGGUAAUUGCUGCUCUCUUCGCCCUGGCAUGUUGGAACGUCCUUCAAAUCCUGGUUUCCAUUUUCAACACCUUCCAACGCCGUCGUGGCCUUUACUUCUGGAGCAUGGUGAUCGCCACCUUGGGAAUCCUUCUCCACGCUCUUUCGACAUUUCUUCGCUACUUCGCUCUCGCCCCCAAUCUCCCUAUGUGUGUUUUGAUCUGUAUCGGCUGGUAUGCUAUGGUCACUGGCCAGUCCGUGGUGUUGUACUCACGACUGCAUCUGGUCACGAACUAUGAUUGCUACUCCCGCUGGGUGCUGGGUAUGAUCAUUUUCAACUUUUGUGCUUUGCACAUUCCCACCACCGUUCUCUUCCUUGGGAUGAAUCUUGAUAUCGAAAGCUUUGUCGGUCCGUUUGCCAUCUACGAGCGAAUUCAAUUGGCCGGAUUCGCCGCUCAGGAGACGAUUAUCAGUGGUUUAUACAUCUGGGAGACCAUGACAAGUUUGAGGCCUGUGUUGGCGUUAAAAGGACGUCGCGGUCAGAGAGUUGUUGUCAACCUCAUUAUUGUCAACGCUCUCGCAGUUUUGUUGGAUGCAGCUCUCCUGACGACAGAGUAUACGAAUCACUUUGACGUACAAACCACCUUCAAGCCAGUGGCCUAUAGUAUCAAGUUGAUGCUAGAGUUCACGGUACUAAACAGUCUUCUUGUUGUGAUCCGCACAAAUCCAUCGGCCGACGUCAUUCAAGACGUUGAACAACUGCAUAGUGAUCUUCACAUAGACCCAUGCUGGAGUGGGAAGCACCCUGACAAUACUGCCGCUUACGACAUCGAUCCAGAAAGGUCUGAUCAAAGUGAUCGGGGGCUCCAAGUAUCGCCCCCUGUAAGAUCACAUUCUUCCUGGGCUUCGUUGGACCAUCACGUCGGGCCAGCUUGA